GUUCUUCGUCUCGGAUUCAGAAAAACAAAUCUUGAAGAUGAAUUCAAGAUCUGACCUCAAAAUCAAACGAGUUUCCUUCAUAAUCUUCUUGCUAUGUGUUCUUGUUGAGUUAUGUCAUGGAGGAAUAACCAGUGAAUAUGUCAGAGCAAGUGAUUUACCAGAUGACAUGCCAUUAGACAGUGAUGUCUUUGCACUUCCUCCUGGUCCUAAUUCUCCCCAACAGGUUCAUGUAACGCAAGGUAACCAUGAAGGUAAUGGAGUGAUCAUUUCUUGGGUGACUCCGGUUAAGCCUGGUUCAAAUACUGUUCGAUAUUGGUGUGAGAAUGAGAAAUCGAAGAAGCAAGCAGAAGCAACCGUUAACACCUACCGGUUCUUUAAUUACACGUCCGGUUACAUCCACCAUUGCCUCAUCGAUGAUUUGGAAUUUGAUACGAAAUACUACUAUGAAAUUGGGAGUGGCAAGUGGUCCAGACGGUUCUGGUUCUUCACUCCGCCUAAACCAGGCCCUGACGUACCUUACACCUUUGGAUUAAUUGGGGAUCUAGGACAAACUUAUGACUCAAAUAGUACGUUAAGUCAUUAUGAGAUGAAUCCAGGAAAAGGACAGGCGGUUCUGUUUGUAGGAGACUUGUCUUACGCGGAUCGUUACCCUAACCAUGACAACAAUAGAUGGGAUACUUGGGGAAGGUUCGUUGAGAGAAGUGUUGCUUAUCAACCUUGGAUAUGGACUGCUGGCAACCACGAAAUCGACUUCGUUCCUGACAUUGGUGAAACAGAACCAUUCAAGCCUUUUAUGAAUCGGUAUCAUACGCCAUAUAAGGCAUCAGGAAGUAUCUCUCCAUUGUGGUAUUCCAUCAAAAGAGCGUCGGCUUAUAUUAUUGUUAUGUCGUGUUACUCGUCUUAUGGGAAAUACACACCUCAAUACAAAUGGCUCGAAAAGGAGUUGCAAGGAGUGAAUCGAACAGAGACUCCAUGGCUUAUCGUCUUAGUACAUUGCCCGUUUUACCAUAGCUAUGUGCAUCAUUACAUGGAAGGUGAAACAUUGAGAGUCAUGUACGAACAAUGGUUUGUUAAAUACAAGGUUGAUGUUGUGUUUGCAGGUCAUGUUCAUGCCUAUGAGAGAUCGGAACGUGUUUCUAACAUUGCUUACAACAUUGUCAAUGGACUGUGUGAGCCAAUACCGGAUGAGUCAGCUCCUGUAUACAUCACAAUCGGGGAUGGAGGAAACUCGGAAGGCUUGGUUACCGACAUGAUGCAGCCACAACCCAAGUACUCCGCCUUUCGAGAAGCUAGCUUUGGGCAUGGGUUGCUAGAGAUUAAAAACAGAACUCAUGCUUACUUCAGCUGGAAUAGGAACCAAGAUGGGAACUCCAUGGCAGCAGAUUCUGUGUGGUUGCUUAAUCGGUUUUGGAAAGCUCAAAAGAAGACAUGGCUUGAUGCAUUUUAAACACAAAUUGAACAAGGUUUUAUUUUUGUUGCAAUUUCUAAAGAAAUAAAUCAGUUAGUGACUG